ACCCCGGAAGUGCAACUCGAACUUGGUCUGGGCGCCGCUCUCUCGAGAGAAAGUAGGAGCCAGGCGCAAGGGAGUUCGCCCAGAGAUCUAGACGGCCACGCCUCCUCGCCCCUACCCUCUCAGCGUUCCUGCUGGGGACAGAGCUCAGAUUUGCUGUCCAGGAUCGAUUUGGAUGAACUCAUGAAAAAGGACGAACCACCCUUUGAUUUUCCAGAUACACUGGAAGGUUUUGAAUAUGCUUUUAAUGAAAAGGGGCAGUUAAGACACAUAAAAACUGGGGAACCAUUUGUUUUUAACUACCGAGAAGACUUACACAGGUGGAACCAGAAAAGAUAUGAAGCUCUGGGCGAGAUCAUCACAAGAUACGUUUAUGAGCUACUGGAAAAUGACUGUAAUUUGAAAAAAAUCUCUAUUCCAGUAGAUGCCACUGAGAGUGAACCAAAGAGUUUUAUCUUUAUGAGUGAGGAUGCUUUGACAAAUCCACAGAAACUGAUGGUUUUAAUUCAUGGUAGUGGUGUUGUCAGGGCAGGUCAGUGGGCUAGAAGGCUUAUUAUUAAUGAAGAUCUGGACAGUGGCACACAGAUACCUUUUAUUAAGAGAGCUGUGGAUGAAGGGUAUGGAGUCAUAGUCCUGAACCCAAAUGAAAACUAUAUAGAAGUGGAAAAGCAGAAAAUGCAUAAGCAGUCAUCUUCUGAUGGCACAGAUGAGCCAGCAGGGAAGCGGGAAAGGAAAGAUAAGGUCUCCAAGGAAACAAAGAAGCGCCGUGAUUUCUAUGAGAAGUACCGCAACCCCCAAAAGGAGAAAGAAAUGAUGCAGUUGUUUAUCAGGGAAAAUGGAUCUCCUGAAGAGCAUGCAGUCUAUGUGUGGGACCAUUUCAUAGCCCAGGCUGCUGCUGAGAAUGUUUUCUUUGUUGCUCAUAGCUAUGGAGGACUUGCUUUUGUUGAACUGAUGAUUCAACGAGAAGCAGAUGUGAAAAGUAAGGUGACUGCUGUGGCGUUGACAGACUCUGUUCAUAAUGUGUGGCAUCAAGAAGCUGGCAAAACCAUCCGAGAAUGGAUGAGAGAGAACUGUUGCAACUGGGUCUCCAGCUCAGAACCAUUAGAUGCAUCAGUGGAGUCCAUGCUGCCUGACUGUCCCAGAGUCUCUGCAGGCACCGACCGUCACGAGCUCACUUCGUGGAAGAGCUUCCCGUCCAUCUUCAAGUUCUUCGCGGAAGCCUGUGAGGCCAAGAGCAGCUCGCAGAAGCCAGCCCUGGCGCGGCGCUCGCACAGGAUCAAGCACGAGGAGCUGUGAGCGCGCAGCCGCCUGCCGCGCCCGCACGCCGCCCGCAGCCUCCUGCCUCCCAUUAGAUUGCUUUCUUCCUCCAGCGCAGGGUCGUGAUGUGCCCGUCUAAAUAGCGUUUUGCAUUAUUUCUAGAUGAGUGCAACUGUCAAAGCAAUAUGGCUUCGGCGGCUGCGUUGCUGCGGCUG